GCAGCGGGGCGGGAUUCCCGCACUCCGCUCGGCUCUCCAGGCCAGUGUCCCGCCCUGCGGACCCAGGAGCGCGGGGCCUCUUCGCCGCCGCUUCGGGUGCGGGCGGGAAGCCGGAGCCCCCGCACCUGCAGAGACUAAAGUCUCCCCGGACGCGGCGCCGGCACCCGUGGGCUGCGCUCCGUGCGCCCUCUCGGCCAUGGUGCACGUGGAGGCGGCGGCUGCCGCGGGCCUCCGGGGCCCCCUGUGAGCGGGCACCGGGGACGGACCCGGCGCGAGGCCGCGCGCGCGUACGAUGCCUGUGCCCGCGGAGGCCAGGGCGGCGGGGCGCGCGGUGGCCCUGGCUCUGGUGCUGCUGCUCCCCGCGGCGUCCGCGGGCGCCCCGGCGCGGCCCCUGCUCCCGCUGCAGCCCAGCAUGCCCCAUGUGUGUGCUGAGCAAGAGCUGACCCUGGUGGGCCACCAGCUGCCCUGCGUGCGGGCCUUCAGCCGCAUGGUGCCCGUGUGGAAGCCGGGCUGUGGGCGCCAGGCGUGGUGCAUCGGCCACGAGCGGAGAACUGUCUACUACACGGGCUACAGGCAGGUGUACAGCACGGAGGCCCGCACUGUGUUCAGGUGCUGCCCGGGGUGGAGCCAGCUGCCCGGCCAGGAGGGCUGCCUCUCCGCCAGGUGCAGUGCUGGCCCCUGCUUCAAUGGUGGCCGCUGCCUGCCAGGCUCAGCCCAACCGUGCCGCUGCCCCCGCGCCUUCCAGGGUCCCCGCUGUCAGUACGACGUGGACGAGUGCCUCGCGCACAAUGGCGGCUGCCAGCACAGGUGCGUGAACACCCCAGGCUCCUACCUCUGCGAGUGCAAGCCCGGCUUCCGGCUCCACACGGACGGCAGGACCUGCCUGGCCCUCAACUCCUGUGCCCUGGGCAACGGCGGCUGCCAGCACCAGUGCGUCCAGCUCACGGCCACGCGGCACCGCUGCCAGUGCUGGCCCGAGUUCCAGCUCCAGCAGGACGGGAGGCGCUGCGUCCGGAGAAGCCCGUGUGCGGAUGGGAACAGCGGCUGCAUGCACACGUGCCAGGUGUUCCGGGGCCUCGCGCGCUGUGCGUGCCACGUGGGCUACCAGCUGGCCGUGGACCGCAAGGCCUGUGAAGACGUGGACGAAUGUGCCUCCGGGGUGGCCCAGUGUGCGCACGGCUGCCUCAACACCGCAGGCUCCUUUAAGUGUGUGUGCCACGCAGGCUAUGAGCUGGGAGCUGACGGCCGGCAGUGCUACCGGGUCGAAAUGGAGAUUGUGAACAGCUGUGAGACCGGCAACGGCGGCUGCUCCCACGGCUGCAGCCACAGCAGCGCAGGGCCGCUGUGCACCUGCCCCCGGGGCUACGAGCUGGACCAGGACCAGAAGACCUGCGUCGACAUCGACGACUGUGCCGCCUCCCCGUGCUGCCAGCAGGUGUGCACCAACAGCCCCGGCGGGUACGAGUGUGGCUGCUACGCUGGCUACCGGCUCGGCUCUGAUGGCUGCAGCUGUGAGGACGUGGACGAAUGCGUCACCGGCCGUGGCGGCUGUGAGCAGCACUGUGCCAACCUGGCCGGCUCCUUCCGGUGCUCCUGCGAGGCUGGCUUCCGGCUGGACGAGGACCGCAGAGGCUGCACCCCCCUGGAGGAGGCCGGGCUGGACCUGGACGGCCGGCUGCCCUUGGUGCGGCCCCUGCCCCACGUCGCGGGGCUGGCGGACGAGCUGCUGCAGCUGUUCCAAGACGACUACGCGGGCGCCGAGGAGGAGGCCGAGCUGCGGGGCGAGCACACCCUCGCCGAGAAGUUCGUCUGCCUGGGAGACUCCUUCGGCCCCGACUGCAGCUUGACCUGCGAGGACUGCAGCCACGGGGCCACCUGCCUCCCGGGCCUGCGCGGCUGCGACUGCCCUGAGGGCUGGACCGGGCUGGUCUGCAACGAGACUUGUCCUCCGGGAACGUUCGGGAAGAACUGCAGCUCCUCCUGCAGCUGCCACAAUGGUGGGACCUGCGACCCCGUGACGGGCGCCUGCCGCUGCCCACCAGGGGUCAGCGGAGCCCACUGCGAGGACGGCUGCCCCAAGGGCUUCUACGGCAAGCACUGUCGCAAGAAAUGCCACUGUGCCAACCGGGGCCGGUGCCACCGCCUCUAUGGGGCCUGCCUCUGCGAGCCGGGGCUCUAUGGCCGCUUCUGCCACCUCGCCUGUCCGCCCUGGGCCUUCGGGCCCGGCUGCUCCGAGGAGUGCCAGUGCGAGCAGCGCCACACGCAGUCCUGCGACCCCCGGGACGGCAGCUGCUCCUGCAAGGCCGGCUUCCGCGGCGAGCGGUGCCAGGCAGAGUGCGAGCCGGGCUCUUUUGGGCCGGGGUGCCGGCAGGUGUGCACCUGCCCUCCGGGCGUGGCCUGUGACCCUGUGAGCGGCGAGUGUCGGACGCAGUGUCCCCCUGGCUACCACGGGGAGGACUGUGGCCAAGAGUGCCCGGCGGGGACCUUUGGUGGGAACUGCUCAGGCUCCUGCUCCUGUGGGGGGGCCCCGUGCCACCCAGUCACGGGACAGUGCCAGUGUCCGCCGGGGAAGGCUGGAGAGGACUGUGGGGCAGAUUGUCCCGAGGGUCGCUGGGGACUUGGCUGCCAGCAGAUCUGCCCCCCGUGCGAGCACGGUGCCAGCUGCAACCCUGAGACCGGAGCCUGCCUGUGCCAGCCCGGCUUCGUCGGCAGCCGCUGUCAGGACGCGUGCCCAGCAGGCUGGUUUGGGGCCGGCUGCCAGGCGAGGUGCUCUUGUGCCAACGACGGCCACUGCCACCCGGCCACCGGCCACUGCAGCUGUGCCCCUGGCUGGACCGGCCCCAGCUGCGAGCGAGCCUGUGCCAGCGGGCACUGGGGGCCGGACUGCAGCCACGCCUGCAACUGCAGCGCCAGCCACGUGAGCUGCGACGCCGUCAGCGGCCGGUGCCUGUGCGAGGCCGGCUACGUGGGCCCGCGGUGCGAGCAGCGGUGUCCCCAGGGCUCCUUCGGGCCCGGCUGUGGGCAGCAGUGCCGGUGUGAGCACGGGGCAGCCUGCGACCACAUCAGCGGGGCCUGCACCUGCCAGCCUGGCUGGAGGGGGAGCUUCUGCGAGCGUGCCUGCCCGCCUGGCUUCUUCGGGCUGGAUUGCCGCAACCCUUGCAACUGCACCGCUGGAGCCCCCUGCGACCCCGUGAGCGGCCUCUGCACCUGCCCCGCAGGCCGGCGGGGCCCCCGCUGCACCCAGACCUGCCCCGCCGGCCUGUACGGUGAGAACUGUGGACAGGCCUGCCUUUGCCAGAAUGGAGGGAGCUGUGACCCUGCCUCAGGCCACUGCACCUGCCCCGAGGGCUGGGCCGGCCCCGCCUGUGAGAACGAGUGCCUCCCGGGCCACUUCGGAGCCGGCUGCCGGCACAGCUGUAGCUGCCUGAACGGGGGCCUCUGUGACCGGAUCACAGGCCACUGCCUCUGCCCUGCUGGCUGGACCGGGCACCAAUGCCAGAGCCCCUGCGCCGAGGGCACGUUUGGGGUUCGCUGUGAGGAGCACUGCACCUGUCGGCGGGGGGCCACGUGCCACCACGUCACGGGGACCUGCCGCUGCCCCCCAGGGUGGCGGGGCCCGCGGUGUGAGGACGCCUGCGCCAGAGGCUGGUUCGGAGUGGCCUGUGCCCAGCGCUGCCGCUGCCCGCCGGGUGCCGCCUGCCACCAUGUCACCGGGGAGUGUCGCUGUCCACCUGGUGUCACCGGCCCUGGCUGCGAGCGGGCCUGCACUUCCGGCACCUUUGGGGAAGACUGCCGGCACACGUGCCAGUGUCCCGGAGAGAACCAGGCCUGCCACCCGGCCACGGGGGCCUGCACCUGCACCGCCGGCUACCACGGCCCCAGCUGCCAGCACCGUUGCCCGCCUGGGCACUACGGACCGGGCUGCACGCAGCUCUGUGGGUGCCUGAACGGGGGCUCCUGCGACGCGGCCACGGGGGCCUGCCUCUGCCCCCCCGGGUUCCUGGGCACAGACUGCAGCCUCACGUGUCCCCAAGGCCGCUGGGGUCCCAGCUGUGCCCACGUGUGCCAGUGUGGGCCGGGUGCGGCCUGUGACCCUGUGACCGGCGCCUGCGUCUGCCCCCCAGGGAGGGCUGGCGUCCACUGCGAGCAGGACUGCCCCCAGAACCGGUUUGGCGUGGGCUGUGAGCACCAGUGCGCCUGCAGAAAUGGGGGCCUGUGCCACCCCGCCGACGGCCGCUGCUCCUGUGGCCUGGGCUGGACAGGGCUGCACUGUGAGCUGGCCUGCCCCCCGGGGCGCUAUGGCGCCGCCUGCCGCCUGGAGUGCACCUGUCGGAACAACGGCACCUGCGAGCCCACCACGGGCGCCUGCCGCUGUGGCCCUGGCUUCUACGGCCAGGCCUGCGAGCACGCCUGUCCCCCCGGCUUCCAUGGGGCUGGCUGCCAGGGGGUCUGUGGAUGUCGUCACGGAGCCGCCUGUGACCCCGUCAGCGGCCGGUGCCUGUGCCCCGCCGGCUCCCGCGGCCAGCUCUGUGAGAGGGGGUGCGAGCCAGGCUCCUUUGGCGAGGGCUGCCGGCAGCAGUGUGACUGUGCCGGGGGUGCCCCCUGCCACCCCGCCACCGGCCUCUGCCUCUGCCCACCGGGGCGCACGGGAGCCACCUGUGACCGGGACUGCGCAAGGGGCCGCUUUGGGCCCGGCUGUGCCCUGCGCUGUGACUGCGGGGGCGGGGCCGAGUGCGACCCCAUCAGCGGGCGGUGCCACUGCGUGGACGGCGACACAGGGCCCACGUGCCGGGAAGAGGCCACACCGCCAGCCUCCAGCAGAGCCACGCCCAGGCCCAGCGGUGGAACCUCAAAGCACCAACCCAGAGGCGGCCCCACCCCGCAGGGCCCCAGCCUUUGGUGACAACUGAGGAGGGACCCCGCGUGCCCCUGUCUGCGCAGGGCGUGGGCAGACCGUGGACAGCUGUGCAGCCGCUCGUGUGGCCGGGAGGAGAGGCCCUGCCCGGCCCGGCUCUGGAGCCCCGCUGGGCCUCGGGCUGCACGGCCCUGGCUGGGACUGAGAGCGGGUUCCUCUGGUGCUAGGCCCUGGACGUCUGUGGCCCCGUCCACCUGGCCCGUAUUUAUGUAAAGAUUUUUCUGCCCCUGCAGCCCGCCGCCCCUGCAGGGCCGGCUCAGGUACUGUAGCAAACCCGGCGACUUAAAGGAGUGGUGGCUUUGG